AUGCACUUGACGACGCCGGUCGUACGUGGGACGAAGGCCGAGAUCGUCGUCUGGACGAAAAACGCUUUGGCUUCAGCAGAGUCGUCGCGGAUGGCGCACGUGGCUGGCUUUGGCACCUUGGCGCGGCCCGACUUUGCCGAGCUCUUGGUCUUCGCUGCGGCCCCACGUGCCAUCACAAGCGCAAAAUAG